AAUGAUUUGGACCAUUGAGAUGUGUUGGCGAGAGAAUUUUGGCCAGAUCCCUUUUCUGCCACUACUUUAGGCGCCCAGCAGGUUUUAGCAAUUCCCUUGUCCUUUUUCAGCGGCCGGAUCUUUUAAUAGAGCUGUUGCCAUGGCAUGGCUAUUUUAAAACGUUUCCCCGCGUUAAUAUCAGUCCCGUCGACAUCGAUGGCAAAUUCUCGAAGCAUUGUAACAUCCCACCAACAUACCUAAGAAUCAAAGUAUCGGGGAAUUUAAAUCAAACAUACCUUCCUCCCAAAUCAAAUAUAUUGCCACCAGAUACAUCAAAAUUCAGGGCAGACUUGCUAAGAUACACACCAUCUCCUUCCAAGUUCUUAACCAUGGAUCUCCCCUUCAUCACCAUUCCUCCCUCCGCACCUCACACGCACACGGUCGUCUUCUUACACGGGCGCGGAGACACCGCCAAAAGUUUCGCUUUAUCUCUGCGUUACUCACGGGACUCACGCAACCGCACGUUUCCGGAGAUCUUCCCCUCCUUCCGGUGGGUGUUCCCCCAGGCUGAGGUGCGGCAGUGCGCAGCCUUUCCCGGCGACAAAAUUCCGCAGUGGUUUGAUAUCUGGAACGUGAGCAACUUCUCGGAGCGUGAGGAGCUGCAGGCGACGGGUCUGAGGGAGAGCGUUGCCAGUACACUGCGCAUCCUUGCGAAUGAGGCCACCCUCUUGCGCGGACAGUGGGAUCGCCUUGUGCUGGCUGGGAUUAGCCAAGGCGCCGCGACUGGCGUGCAUACGUUACUGAAUCUGAGUCUGCCGCCGGCUGUGGAGGAGGGUCAAUCGGUGCCGCGCAGACUCGGCGCCUUCGUUGGGUUUUCAUGCAGGAUGCCCUUCCCCGGGAGGUCGCUCGCGGCGACGAGGAGAGUACUCGGCCUGGAGGGCGUCCCGGACACUGAUGAGAUCCUACUCAACACGCCUAUGUUGCUUGAACACUGCGUCGAUGAUGCACUUGUUCUAAUAGAAAAUGGCCGGGGCUUGCGCGAUACGUUGCGGGGGUUUGGCGCGCAAGUUACGUGGAAGGAGUAUCCUCAGGGAGGACACUGGUUCAACUCACCGGCCGGAGUAGAUGAUGCUGUGGAGUUUCUGAACAGCCACAUUCUUAAGAAAGCGUUGCCCGACUCGAUGGAUCUAUCUUAGAGAGAGAUCCUUGGCCCGUCUCUCUCCUAAAGUGCAUGUACAGUCUUCCUUCACCUUAUGUUCUAAGCCAAAACAGACUGUAGCAGCCGCAUAGCUCAAUGCUG